AUGACCGGACUUACUUAUGCGUGUGAUCUGGAUGAGCGCGAUGAAAUCACUGAGACCAACGCGCGCAACUCGCCAAUGCUCCGCCUCCCCGCCGAACUGCGCAACCAAAUCUACAGAUACGCACUUACAGGUGGGGUCGCCUUCAUCCUGCCCAAGAAGUUCAGAUUCAAAGGCAACCCGCGCACCCGCUUCUCUAAGAAUGCAUUUGGCCUCCGCUGUGUUUGCCGCCAACUCCGCGCUGAGACGUACUCGAUCUUCUACAACAGCUACACAUUCGACCUAACCGGGUUCAGCAACGGGCACGAUGCCACGCGAGAGCUGGCAUGGAGAGAGAUCUCCUUGAUCGAGUCGAUACGGAUCAAGCAGAAUGAGGUUUUGGAUAUGGUGAGGUGGGGAAUGGCUGAAGAAUCACUACAUAAUCCGUCGUUGUUCUGGUAUGCUAGGCGAUCAUUACGAGCUGUACGGCGGGUUGAGUUCGAUGCAACUGAGAAGAUGCAGACUAUGUAUAUGGUUAGAGAGGUUCCAAAGAACUUGCGGAUCGGGUUUGGCAAAGCAGACUUGGAAGUGUACAUCAAUUCAUGGCCAUUAAUACACGAGAUACGGCUAUACCAGGACACACUUUAA